GGCGGAGGCGGAGUGGGCGGGACGCGAUGGCUGCCGAGCUGCGUGAGGCGCUGGAGCGGCGGCAGCGGGAGCUGGGCAUCGCCACCGUCACCGCCGAACACCCCCAGGUGUUCCCUGUUGAAGAAAUGAUGCCCCACGUCCAACACAUGCAAGGAGGUCACAGUAAAAACCUGUUUCUUAAAGACAAAAAGAAGAAAGGGUUCUGGCUGGUGACCGUCCUGCACAACAGGCAGAUCAAUUUGAAUGAACUUGGUAAAAAACUGGGUGUUGGAAGUGGAAACCUAAGAUUUGCUGAUGAGAACGCCAUGCUGGAAAAGCUCAAAGUGGGUCAGGGCUGUGCCAUGCCGCUCGCCCUCUUCUGUGACCAGGGAGAUGUGAGGCUGGUGCUGGAUGCUGCCUUGCUUCAAAGGGGCCACGAAAAGGUGUAUUUUCAUCCAAUGACAAAUUCUGCAACCAUGGGCUUAAGCCCCGACGACUUCCUGAAGUUUGUGAGAUCAACAGGCCACAAUCCCAUCAUUGUACACUUCGAUGAAGACAUUAAAUAGAGGAAGUUCA